AUGUUUGCUAUUCAACUGAUUCAUUUGCCCCAGAAUCACAAAAAUCACGACAAAUUGCAAAAAAUAAGACCUCUGUUAGAUUGUCUCAACAGAACUUUUCAAGAAAAUGCCACCAACUCGGAAUCCCAAUCAGUGGAUGAAAGUAUGAUCAAAUUUAAAGGGCGCGACAGUAAGAAACAGUACAUGCCGGCCAAGCCCAUCAAAAGAGGGUUCAAGGCAUGGUGCCGUUGUGAUUCCAAGACUGGAUAUGUAUACCAAUUUGAUAUUUAUACAGGCAAAGACAAAGAAUCCUAUGAGGAAGGAUUACGUUACAGAGUUGUAAUGAAACUUGGAGGGAAUUUACCACGAAACACACAUUUGGUUUUUGACAAUUUUUUCUCCUCUUUGGCUCUCAUGGAUGCUCUUUAUCAUAGAUGUAUUUUGGCAACAGGAACAGUACGAAUGAAUCGAAAAGGCCUACCUAAAGAUCUGUAUCCAACACGACCUAAAACACCUGAAGAACGAAGACAGGGUUAA